AUGUUUGAAUAUCUGAAGACUACUACGGCUACCGGCCUGGGAUGCAUGUUCCUUGUCUCAAUGGGAGCCUUUCUUUUUGGCUUCGACAAUGGAUGGUGGGGGACCAUACAAGGUGCAGAGGCUUUCCUUCGUGCUUUUGGAUCUUGUACCCUGGUAGAUGGGUUAGAAACUUGCAAUAUUAGCACACCUCAAAAAGCUGCUGGUAGCUCUGUUCAGUCUGGCGGUAUCAUGGUCGGUAGCCUUGUAGCCAUGGAGCUGAACAAAGCUAUCGGCCGUAGGAAAUCGCUCGUUGUUACCGGAAUGAUCUCCAUUGUCGGCAUCGUGUUGGAGAUAACUAGCGCCAUCGGUUCAGCUCGUUUCACUCAGUUCGUCGUCGGCAAGACUGUGGCCUCGGUGGCCAUGGGCUUGUGUGCCAGCAUUGUUCCAAUCUACCUCUCCGAGACGUCCUCGAACGAGGCUCGGGGAUUCGCGAUCAAUAUGUACCAGAACGUCCAAAUUAUUGGGUACUGCCUCGCUGCGGGGAUUGUCUACGCUAGCUCAAAGAGAGAUGACGCUGCGUCCUAUAUGAUUCCGAUUGGUUUGCAGUUUUUGGCACCAGUGUGCAUGGUUACACUCUCGCCACUUUUACCUGAGAGUCCGCGAUGGCUUGUUUGGAACGGCCGCCGCGAUGAUGCGAUACGCUCCGCCUCACGUUUAUUCGGGACCAAGACGAACGACUUCGACGCCGAGAAGUAUAUAAGAGAACUUGAGAUUGCAUUCGAGAAGGAGCAAGCGAACCCCGAGGUCUCCUCUUGGAGAGAUCUAUUCCACGGACCGGAUUUUCGGCGACUCCUCAUCGCGGUGGGCAUCCAGUGCUGGCUGCAGGCCCAGGGCUCCGGGUACAUUGUGAACUACAUGGUCUCAUUUCUGCAGGACAGCGGCACCUCCGACGUCUUCCCCUUCAUCAUGGGCCUCAACUUCGUCUACUACGGCGGAAUCCUCACCGGGCACUUCCUACCAGACAACCAAGGCCGCCGACCCGUCAUCAUAUACAGCACAGCCGCAAAUGCCGUCUUCAUGCUUGUCAUUGCCAGCAUCAACACCGCGGUAUCGCCGUCGACCCACACGUCUGGGGCUGCUUCGGUAGCCUUCUUGUUUCUUUGGCAGCUGUCUUCUGGCGUCAUGUCCCCUCUCAUCUGGAUUAUCUGCACUGAGGCUGCUCCAACUCGUAACAGGGAACGGGUUCUGUCCAUUGCCGUAUUCAUUAGCUUUGGUGUCUCCCUCAUGAUCACCUCUGUCUCGCCGUAUCUUCAAGACAAAGGCUACGGAAAUCUUGGGGCGCGGAUCGGCUAUAUCUGGGGGGCUGCCUCAGUGUUAACUUCCGUCUGGUCCUAUGUAAUGGUGCCCGAGUCCAAAGGCCUGUCACUGGAGCAACUCGAUUAUCUGUAUGAGCAAGGUGUCCCUGCUCGCCAUUUCGGAAAAUAUCACUUUACCGAUGCAAUUCUUCCGGUUGAAAAGGCCGAGUCUGAGGUUCAAGUUCAAGAUGAGGUCGUCUUCGAAUCAAAGAAGCGCUGA